AUGGUUUCGCGUCAAAUUCUGGGGGUGCUCGCUCUGGCCCUCCUUUGUCUGUUCCAAUCAUGCGGCGCACUGCCAUUUGAAUCCGCACUUUCGCUGCAUGCUUCUGGCCCCGAAGCUAAACUGGAACCUCGUCGGUUGGGUUUGGGAAGGCUUGGCCAGCUUGUGAGCAAUAUCGUUGAUAGAUCGAAAGGCUCGGGCGGGAGUGUGGGGGGAGGUCACAAAAAGUCUGACAACCAUAGUGAUGACAAGAAGGAAGAAAAAAAGGAGGAUAAGAAGGAGGAAGCACCAAAGACAGCAACAACAGAGGCACGAAAGGCAGCAACAACGGAAGCGCCAAAGGAAGCGCCAAAGGAAGCGCCAAAGGAAGCGUCAAAGGCAACGCCAACGGAAGCGCCAAAGGAAGCACCAAAGGCAACGCCAACGGAAGCAGCAAAGGAAGCGGCAAAGGAUGGCAAGAAUGAAGACAAGCCUGGCUCUGCACAGGGACAAGCGGCAGCACAGGGACAAGCAGCACAAGGACAACCGCUAGCGCAGGGACAACAGCCACCUGGGCAUGAUUCUGCACAGCCGCAAUCACCAACACAAUCGGGAUUCGGACAGCAACUAUCAGCAGCACAGCCAGCACAAGUCCACGUCGAUAAUACCCCUACCAGGGGAGACGUCUAUGGCUCAGCUGCUAUGGGAGCUGCCAUUGGAGCGGUUCCCGGCACUGUUAGUGCCACGAUACUUAAAGAUCAGAAUGAACAAAAUAGGGAGCAAACUGCUCGUGAAGGAGAAAUGAAUAGGGCACAAAAUCUCGAGAUUGCCAAUAUGAAGAACAAUAACGGUGGCGAUGCUAGCAAUAAUGGUGGUGGCGCUAACCCUUCUCCUUCUGCCAACCCGGCUCCUCCUGCGAAUCCAGCUCCUUCUGCCAACCCAGCUCCUCCUACCGACCCAGCUCCUCCUACCGACCCAGCUCCUCCUAUCGACCCAGCUCCUCCUGCCAACCCUGCCAACCCUGGAAGCACUGGUUACGGUAACGCUGGUAAUGCUGGAAGUGCUGGCUAUGGAAAUGUUGGCAAUCCUGGCAGUGCCGGUUCUGGCAACGUUGGUAAUGCUGGAAGUGCUGGCCACGGAGAUACCAAUGUAGCGGGCACUACUGGAGCUGCUGGUACAGUUAGCAAUGCCGGCUAUAGCGGAAAUACUGGUAAUGCUGGAAGCACUGGGUAUGGAUAUGUUAGUGCAGCAGGCACUUCUGGCGCUGCUGGUACCGUUAGCAAUACCGGCUAUGCCGGAAAUACUGCCAAUGCCGGCGCUGCUGGCAAUACUGCUUAUUCUACCGGUGUUACUAAGAAGCGAGGACUUCCGGAACUGGAUCAGGAAGUUGCUCGAGAAACCCAACAGAUCGAUGAUUCUUGUACUAAGGACCUUAAUAGUCGGUCCAAUUUGCUCACAGAAAUCCUCUCCGGCCAGCCCGAACUGGCUGCUGGCAGCCCCGUGCCAAAACCCAUUGGUUCUACAAGUAUCGAGCAUCAUGGACUCGGCGAGUAA